ACCCAGUGUGUGAUUAGAUUUCUCGCUUCGCUUUGCAUACAUCACAAAGUUAUCUAGUUAAAACUUCUAAGAAAUAUUUAUAGAAUUUUAAUUGUGUCAAUUGCCUUCCAAUCAAGUCAGUUAAUAAAACAACCGACUCUUUACUGUCGGUCCUGUUGAAAAAGUUUGUUACUGUUCAAAAGUUUUAUCAUCAGUAUCAUCACACUUGUGAAUAAUUGUGCAAUUAUAUAAAACAAAGACACAAUGGAAUUACAGUACAAAGUACAGAACUAUGAUUGGGGUAAACUCGGCACAGACAGUACAGUUGCAAAAUUACUGUCCAGUGCUGACCCAAAUGCCACAAUAGACCCAGAAAAGCCCUACGCUGAGUUGUGGAUGGGAACACAUCCUAAUGGCCCGUCUCUUAUCUUAGAAAGAAAUGUUUUGUUAUCAGAAUAUAUUAAAGAUAACCUGGAUGCAAUCGGGCCGGCAGUUAAGAGGAGGUUUGGAGUAGCCGUUCCCUUUCUGUUCAAAGUCUUGUCAAUCCGCAAAGCCUUGUCUGUGCAGGCUCACCCAAACAAGGAACAAGCAGAAGAACUCCACAGGAACUUCCCAGAUCUGUAUAAGGACCCCAACCACAAGCCUGAACUGGCCAUAGCACUGACAUCAUUUGAGGCUCUCUGUGGAUUCCGACCUUUAGAGGAGAUUCAAAAUCAUCUCAGAAAAUUGCCGGAGCUGACUAGAAUAUUAUCAGAAGAAAGUGUGAACACCUUCCUCGCUCACAAGGAAUCUGGGGAAAGUGGCGUUGCUCUGAAGCAAGUGUUCAGCUCCUUGAUGACAAGUGACAAGGCUGCUGUAGCUGGCAGUUUGCAGAGUUUGCUGGAUAGGUUAGAGAAGGAAGAAUCAUCCCAAUCAUCUCUCUUGUACCCGCUGGUUUGGCGCCUGCACACCGAGUUUCCGGGCGACGUUGGUUGCUACGCGCCGUAUUUCAUGAACUACCUGCAAUUGCGGCCCGGCCAGGCAAUAUUCCUGAACGCUAACUUGCCCCAUGCUUACAUCAGCGGAGAUUGCAUAGAAUGCAUGGCAUGCUCCGACAACGUGAUACGCGCGGGUCUAACGCCCAAGCUCAUCGACGUGCCACGCCUGCUGGAGAUGCUGGACUACAGCAGCUACACGCCCGACCACCUGCUCUUCAGUCCGCAGCUGGAGGACGGCAACAGCUGCAUAUGGCGCCCGCCCGUGCCGGACUUUGCCGUCGUUAAGAUUCGGGUCGAGAGCGGAGACAGCUACAACACCGCCAUCCGAGCCAGCCCAAGCCUUCUAAUAGUGACGUCAGGUACCGGGUCCGCCUGCGACACGGAGCCGGUGCGAGCGCGGCCCGGCGUCGUACUGUUCCUUAAAGCCAGUCGUCAACUCACGCUCACACCUGACGCUGGGAGCCAUUUGGAGCUAUACCAGGCCAUAUGCAACGUGUAAGAAGUAUUUACUCCUUUUAUAGGCCUGCUGUUGGCUGGCGAGUUUGGUAUAUAUGUAGAUCGUGUCAUUCCCGAGGACGCGUGGCUUGGUUCGUAUUGUCACGGCAUUAAAGGUUAGAUUUGAUAAAUUCGCGCGUCAUCGUGAAUGACACGAUCUAUACCAUAUUUAAUUUUGUAGACUGUUUGCAGCGUUUAUAGAGGCUAUAGUUUUAAAACUCUUGUUGAACGCACUUGUUUUUCCUCACUGGAGGUGACAUAUUUCAGACUUAUCGGGAAUUAUUUCUCAACUUGAAUUGUUUUACGGCCGUAUGCAUAGAAUACGAGAAUUCAACCGUAGCGUUUUAUAGGUUUUCCUAUAUUUUGUUUAUGAAAUGUGUGAUCGUUCGAUUUACUUGUUAGUGUUAAGACUAUUAUUUUAGAUUCAAUUAUUAUUUUAGCUCAAUUUUGUUAGCCAUUGAUUACACGAGCGAUGAAAACACUGAAAACAGAUCACUUUUUAUGAAGAAUUUUAUUCAAAGUGACCCUAUUUUAUUACUCGUAAGUGUGUUUGUGUAUUGUUUAUGUGUAAAAAGUACGUAACUUAGAGAUUUUAACAUUCCCUUCGCUGUAAUCAGGAUUAAAGUUAUUUGUUAGACCAAUGCAAAAUAAAUCAUCAUUCAUCACAAUAAUAGUACUUAUAUUUUGUUGUAUAAUAAUAAAUAAUAGUAUAUUAUAUUAUACAGACUGUUAAAUAUUCGAAUAUUAGUGUUUAUCUCAAUAUACGCUAUAUUAUA